CUGAUAGUCUGUUUAGACGCCAUGGAGUGGGUGAAUUAAAGGUUUUGCUUGAAAAGAUAAAAACUGAUGCCGAUAGAAAAAAAUAUGACUUGCGCAUAAUGGUUGGCGAGCGAUACCGAGAUGUUAUUGGCACAGCGGAUGCAAUUUUAUUGAUGCGAGAAUCUGCGCAGCAGAUGGGAGAUCUGUUUGAACAAACUGAUCGAUUGUGCGAUGUAGCUACUCUAAAAAAACAAACCCUUUUAAAAACAUCUGCAAGUGGUAAUUUGGCGGCUGAGGAUCGAAAGGCACUUAUUUUUUCUGUUGCUGCCCAAAUCAGGUUGCUAGUCAUUACUCCAGAUCAAAUAUGGACGUCGCUAGAACAGCAUCAGUACCUGGCAGCUGGAAGGCUUUAUCUGAUCUCUCGGCUGGUAUUUCGUGGACUACAAACUGGACGUCAGGCUGCUUUGCUUAAAAUACCUUCAUCAUUUCCCGUCGUUCAGCGUCAAUGGGAUGCAAUCAGUCCUUUUCGUGCACAAAUUAUCGAAAAAAUCAAGCAUCGUUUGCUUAAUAGUAGUUUAGAAGAUCAGCACAUUUUAGAAACUUUGGGAGCCAUCGCGAUGCUGGAUAAUCUUUCGCCAAAAGGCACAUUGGAUGUACUGUUGGCUCAGCGCAUUGCCACUGUUGAAAGCAUUUUGUCUUCAAAUUGUCAGACUGUGAGCACAGAUACAAUUUGCUCGCUGCUGGUCGAAAGUAUCGACGCCAUUCACAAAACACUUCAAUCAAUCAACAAACUGUUUAUUCAACCCGUUACUGCAUUAACUGAUGAAACAACUACUAUUUCUUCAAUUGAACUGUUUUUGCAUCAACUUCAAAAAAGGUCUUCUCAUUCCACUGCUUACUCUCCUUCUACACCAGUAGCACCACCACAUCUUACUUUGACUGUUCAAUCUGAGCAACAUCAAUGUCUUGUAUCUAGUUUGUACUCAGAAAAGACCAACAUGCACCUUUUAUUUCGACACUUGCCCGAAUCCAUCCAACGAUUUUCACCAGUCAUGAAUCUUGGAUCAAAUCAUAUACCUUUGAAUAAUACUGAUAUUCAGACAAGUGUUUUGGCUUGGCUUGAGCAGAUUACUCGACUUGUACAAAGUGCUGGUAAACUCAUCCUUGGGAGUAUCUUGUCGGGCCAUACUUUGGCAGAUAUUCGAUCAACAAUUCUAAAGCAUAUUUAUUCGAUCGAGUUUCAGUCUUUACCAUCUGAUAAUCCGGUUUCGAUUUUGACAGAUAAUACUCGGCACAUUUCCUGGUCAGAGCUUACUGUGCGAGUGCUACGAUCCAAAUCGUAUUCAUUAUGGAAUGAUAUAUUUCAAAAGCUAUUUUUGGAUCAAUCUAUAGUGCUCAUCAGCACUGCUUUCAAAUCGAUUACCAGUCAACCAAAAACACUACUUCAGCAAGCAUUGGACAACUUGGACAAGGGUGGACAUACAGAUCGUGAUGUUGCCAGUUUUGUAUGGAAUUCAAAUUUGGUGGAUUUGAACGAACGCAGCAUUUCGUACGAUAAUCUGAGGGCGGUGUGUCGUAUGCAGACACCAACAAUGAAGAGUCUUGGCGAGGCAUUCGAAGAAGCUGCCUCGGUUGCCUGUAAAGAUCUGCUGCCUCUUAUUGAUUUUCGAACACCAUCUUGUCAUAGUGUUUUAAACCAGCAUGGCUCUCCAUAUUUUCCUACCGAGACCUUGGACAUUAAUGCUGAUAUCUUUCAUUGUAAAAAAAACGCAGAGAUUUUGUCUACUGCACUGCGCGACUCGUUUUUUGAGGCUGUCAAGACUUACAAAGAUGGUAUGCUUGCACAACUUACAGACAUAUCAAGUCACAUGCACGAAGAUGAGAUGACAGAAUAUGUUCUUGGAAUUGAUCAAAGUUUAUUUAUUGGACGAACUGCUCGUAUCAUUGCUCUUAAAGCAGGAAAGUUUAUGGCAGAGUUUGAUUCAAACUCGCAGUUUAGUUUGGAAAAAAGAAUGACUGACGGCAGCUCCGUUCAAUCGACAGCCCACCACUUUUUAAGCCGCCACUUGGAACAACAAUCUGAAUCACGGACGCUGCUCCCCAUUCAAGAGCUACUCAUGGAUGUGUAUAACCAAGCCCACACAUUCUGGACUACUUCGGUUGCACUACGGUUAGAGAUUGCUUUUCGCGACAGUUUAGAGACUCAAGACUGGAAACUUGGAAAGCAGUUUCAAACACUGUGGGAGUCAAUGACUAUCCAUGCUCAAGGAGAGACUGGGGAUGCCAUGGAAAGUAAGAUGUGUCUGCCUGUGCACGCAUCUCCAUUUGUCCUUAAUAUUCUUUGGAAUGUUUGCGCAGAGCUAAAUCGUACCGGUAGUUAUACUCUUGAAAAGCCUUGUCUCAGGUUUCUGCUUUUGGAGCUGUCAAAUCGGAUAAUCCAAGUAUAUAGCACUUUUGUAACGUCUGAAGCACACGCUGAAAGAAUUUCGGAAAAAGGUGCAUUUCAACUUUUGUUUGAUUUUCUGCUACUUGUCAAAUUCAUGGAAGGAAGCUGGAAAGCAGAUACACCCAGGAAAACGUCUAUAUUCAGCCAUAAUGCAGAUGAAAAGGACCCUUUAACAUUGCAGUUUCCAUCCAGUCAUUCUCAUGAACAAGAAUCUCAGUCUGUCAUAGCUGCCAUCAAACAAAAGAUUGAUCCGAUUGAUUUGGCUAUUUUAGAAGUACAGAUUUCAUCCAAUGUGGAGCGAUUUUACUCUCGAACAUCUGUUUUUUUGGGAUCGCUGCUUCUGCUUAAUCCAAAGCCGCUAGAAACAAAACGUACCCCAUCCGUUCAAGAACAGCACAAUCUAGUGCCAGUUGCACCUCCAUCGCCACGAUUUGCGCUACUACCUGUGGCUGGAGCAGUACAUUCUCGUUCUACGGGAUCACGGCAUCGAUUGUCUGCAGAAUCGGCGCAGCCAAGUAUAGACUCUGGUGCGAGUUCUAGAGCACUAGAUGGCAGCAGUACUCAAGCCGAAUCUACAAAUGUUUCUGGUGUCAGCAAUAAUGCUGGUAGCUCCAAACUCAAUGGAACUAGUCAUUUGCAACGAAAAGCAAGACCCAAAGCGACUGUGCGAUUGUCCAAGACUCUUGCUUCGAUCUCAUCCUCUGAGAAAUCUCCAUCACUUGUCAGCUCCAUCUACAAUAGUCAAGCAGGUUCUUCAAGUGGAAGUGGUGGUCGCGUCAUGGGAUUAGUCAAUGCCGUUGCUGAGAACAUCACACUUAGUAGCUCGCAUCAGCAAAAGGCAACCGAACUGCUCAUGAAUGCAUCUAGUUUUAUAUCUGGUGUAUGGGGAACGUCAUCCCCUUUGACAACCAAAACAACAAACGGUGUUUCUGGAUCUGGAGGAAUUCACAAGCGAUUUACAAACAAAUAAAGGCGCAUUCUUGCAACUCAU